AUGUUUUGGUCGUUCUUUAUUAUUAAUGGCUUAUGUGUGAACUUCGUGCUUAACGAUAUAAUUUGCUACUCAUGUAUCUCAUUGAAUCAAAGGCAAGUCAAUGAGAAAGACAAAAAACCUUCGUACAAGUUGUCGUCAACUGAUAUGCGAGAAUUGAAUCAUGUCAUGAGUAGGAGUGGUUUGAAAAUACCUGAAUAUUCGGAAACUUGCUCAGAUGCUCCGUUAUCAGUUCAGCCGAUAUUUUCAGAAACUCCUAUAGCAGUUUGUAGGAAAUCAAACGAUUUAGAGCCCGAAUGUGCAAAAUUGAGCUUCAGUUUUAGAGAUGAACGUGUCGUCGUUCGACAAUGUAUGAAUAAGAGGUUAAAAACCAAAAAAAUUCAUAACACAUUAGAAAUUAGUUGCCAAUCAGGUUUAGUCUUAAAAUCAUUAUUUCAUUUGAAAAAUGUGUCUGUUUGUGGUUGUUCGAAGUCGCUGUGCAAUACAUCGUCGGUUUUAUAUGGAACACCGGUCAUAACCUUAAUAGCUUAUAUGUUUUUGAAAUGUUGA